AUGAAGUUCUUUACCUUCGUGGGCGCUACCCUUGCUGUCGGCGCUGCCGCCCGCCCGAACAUCUUCCUCAUCCGCCACGGCGAGAAGAACCAUAACGGUACCAUCUCUGCCAAGGGUAUGGAGCGCGAGCAGUGCCUGGUUGACCUCUUUGGCCGCGACAGCCGAUUUGACAUUCAAAAGAUCAUUGUCCAGAACCCACACCCUGGCGACAACCUCAGCCAGCGCCCGUACAACACAACCCUACCCCUUGCCAGGUCUCUCGGCCUCACGAUUGAGCACAAAUGCGAGUACAAGGACGCAGAGUGCGCCGCCAAGGAGGCCAAAGCCUACCGCGGCCCCGGCAACAUUCUGAUUGCUUGGGAGCAUCAGAUGCUCACGCAUGUCUCGGAAGCUCUGGGCGGCGAUCCGGAAAAGUACCCCGGCAAGAGAUAUGACCUCAUCUACGAUCAGCCCUACCCCUACGACUCUGUGAAGAUUUAUUCCGAGAACUGCCCUGGCCUAGACGACUAA